GUUUUUAAUUAAACAAUCAAGGUCUUUUAAACACGUUUUGGACAAACACAUGUACAAAUAAAGUCUUUAUGUUGUGUGACAGAGUUGACAUAAAUCCAUUUAGUUGUGUUUUUAUGAAAACAUGUAAGAAUUCUGUCAGCCACGUAGUCAGGGGGACCUGGGCAGAGAUGAGGACUGAGGGGAAUUCUGUCAGCCACGUUGUCAGGACCUGGGCCGAGAUGAGGACUGAGGGGAAUUCUGUCAGCCACGUAGUCAGGACCUGGGCCGAGAUGAGGACUGAGGGGAAUUCUGUCAGCCACGUAGUCAGGGGGACCUGGGCAGAGAUGAGGACUGAGGGGAAUUCUGUCAGCCACGUAGUCAGGGGGACCUGGGCAGAGAUGAGGACUGAGGGGAAUUCUGUCAGCCACGUUGUCAGGACCUGGGCCGAGAUGAGGACUGAGGGGAAUUCUGUCAGCCACGUUGUCAGGACCUGGGCAGAGAUGAGGACCGAGGUUAAUUCUGUCAGCCACGUUGUCAGGGGGGCCUGGGCAGAGAUGAGGACCGAGGUGAAUUCUGUCAGCCACGUUGUCAGGGGGACCUGGGCAGAGAUGAGGACCGAGGUGAAUUCUGUCAGCCACGUUGUCAGGGGGACCUGGGCAGAGAUGAGGACCGAGGUGAAUUCUGUCAGCCACGUUGUCAGGGGGACCUGGGCAGAGAUGAGGACCGAGGUGAAUUCUGUCAGGACCCGGGCAGAGAUGAGGACCGAGGUGAAUUCUGUCAGCCACGUUGUCAGGGGGGCCUGGGCAGAGAUGAGGACCGAGGUGAAUUCUGUCAGCCACGUUGUCAGGGGGACCUGGGCAGAGAUGAGGUGUGAGGCAUAUACCGUAGAAAUAGGAGAAAAGACUGUUCUGCAGGAGAAUGGGUUUACUGUACUAUAAGGGUUGAACAGCUGGCAGCUCUGAGAUAACUCAAUACCCCAGCCUCCUCUCUCCCUUCCCUCCCCCCUCCCAGGUCAGAGGCCACGGAUCAGCCCAUCUCUUUAUCCCCUUCCUCCAUCCCCAGCCCGUCACAGUUCUUCAUUGUCACGUAGCACAAAGAAACACGCUGUCCGCCCCCCUGGACACCGAUGGAGACAGUGGGGGAGGAGAACAUCAGUCUCAUUCUGUUCUGUCACCUCUUCAGACCCAGAGAGAGUUCUGUUCUGUCGCUUCUUCAGACCUGGUCAGACCCAGAGAGAGUUCUGUUCUGUCACGUCUUCAGACCCAGAGAGAGAGUUCUGUUCUGUCACCUCCUCAGACCCAGAGAGAGUUCUGUUCUGUCACCUCCUCAGACCCAGAGAGAGAGUUCUGUUCUGUCGCUUCUUCAGACCCAGAGAGAGAGUUCUGUUCUGUCACCUCUUCAGACCCGGUCAGACUCAGAGAGAGGAGAUGCAGGAAGCAGCACUCACAUUAGAUUAUGUUAGGCCCUAUAGAGAACACUCUGGGGUAGAAUGUUAGGCCCUAUAGAGAACACUCUGGGAUAGAAUGUAAGGCCCUAUAGAGAACACUCUGGGGUAGAAUGUAAAGCCCUAUAGAGAACACUCUGGGGUAGAAUGUAAAGCCCUAUAGAGAACACUCUGGGGUAGAAUGUAAAGCCCUAUAGAGAACACUCUGGGGUAGAAUGU